AGCGCGCGCAUCACCGGCUCGAGAGAGAUCUUCAUGAAGGCGGGCAGCGACAUCAACAUCACGUGCGUGGUGAAGGGCGCCAUCAGGGGAGCGCCCGUCAUCUGGUACCACGUGCUGCCCCGCGACCCACCCAAGGAGGAGCUGGUGGAGAUCAACGCCGGGGGUCGGGGCGGCGUGCAGCUCGUGACGGACAAGAACUCGGGCACCAGCUGGCUCCUGGUCACCCACGCCACCUGGAGGGACGCCGGGAACUAUACGUGCGCGCCCGUGCACGCCACGCCCGCCUCGGUGUCCGUCCACGUGCUCGACGAGGCUCCAGCCGAGCUCCAAAACGACCCCCAGCCGAGCCGGGCCCAGACGUUCACCCAAGGAACGCCAGGCCUUCCGCUGCUCCUGCUGGGGCUUCACCGUCUGCUGGGGCGCGACAGGACGAGAACGUGGUGCCUCUGGGUUCUCCUGGCUGUCUGUCUAGGGUUCUCCAGCGCCGUCAGUGGUACGAGUAGCCUUCAGGACGUCUCUCAGACUAGGCCCCACACUGUGUGUGGAGGAAAUUAUCAACGGCAUCCCGAGUAACGACAGCAGCACCCAGCCGGUGGCCACACAAGCUGCACGCAAGAAGCUCUCAGCCCGCCCCUAGAUGCCACCCCGGAUGCCGGCCUGGUGCACCCCCUUGUACGCCUCCUGGAGAGGGCAGACAACCUCGGGUGCUGUCGUGUCGUUCGUCAAGCUGCUCCUCUCGCUGCACACCAACGUAACAUGCAGAGCAAGCCGUGUGGGCGCCGGGAAACACUGCUGGCGAUGGCCCCAAACUCAGAGACUUCGUCAUUAAGGCUGGCAUUGUACAACCUCUUCUGGAACUCAUUAGACCAGACACAGAGACUGCCGAGAUCAACGAGGUGGACCGACUGGGCCAGAUGACUGAGGAGUGCGGCGGACUGGACAAGACUGAGGACUGCAGCACCACGACAACGAGGCCGUGUACGAGAAGGCCCUGGAUGGAUAUCAUCGAUAAGUGUUCCGGCGAGGAGGAGGGCCCCAAGGUGAACAGCACCACCAGUGGCCAGGCGUACGACUUCUCUGCCGUGAACAACGUGCCUGAGGGUGGAUUCUCUUUCUAGGACUUCAGUGUGUG